GUUGCUUCGCCGCUUUAGUUAAAAUGGUGCGUCUCGAAUCGACUUCAACACACAUUAUUCCGUGUCAUCGUGCAUCCGAUGGUUGCGAUGUGCAGAAACUUGCUGUUGAUCAGCAUGUGUUUCCAGCACCCAAGUCGACACAGCAGAGACUCGCAUUCCUUUGGGGUCACUCCAAUGGUUUUCAUAAAGAAUCACUGCAUCCGUUUAUGCGCCGGUUUUUGAACCAUUUGCGACAACAGCCACAGUACGAUAAUACCGAACUUGUCUUUGUCACUUGGGACGCUCGUCACCAUGGCGAUUCAGCUCGUUUGAACGAGGGAACAUUUUUCGAGACUUGUACAUGGUUUGACAGUGCACUCGAUGUUCUGCAAGUUGUAGAAGCUUUAGAGUUGAAAUCAGACAAAUAUAAUGCACUCAUCGGGGUUGGCCACAGUUUUGGCGGCACAUGCAUGCUAUUGUGCGAAUUCUUUUACCCAAAAACGUUUGAUGGUUUAACUUUAAUUGAGCCUGUAAUGAGCAGUCAAUUCUAUGAUACAGAAUUACGACUUCAGAUUCCGGUUUUAUCAUCCCGCACACGUCGCGAUACUUGGCAGAGUCGCGAGGAAUGUCUCAAGUCGCUUACCACCCGAAAAUUCUGGAAGCGAUUUGAUCCUGAAGUACUUGAAAAUUAUGUGCAAUACGGAUUAUAUGACGCGCCGGACGGCACUGUCAAACUGAAAUGCCCCAGAGAACAAGAAUACCAUGUCUUCCGACAUAGCCAUUACCCUACAAGAACGGCUUUCAAUUCCCUUGCUAUCUUAAAGGUUCCGGUUCAAUUUGUAUAUGCUCUUGGCUCAACCUUUAUGCCUCCGGAAGAAGCUGAUAUGGUUCCAGGACAAAAUCGAACCAUGAUUCGAUUAGACUUUGUAGAGGGCAGCCACAUGGUUCCAAACGAGAAGCCUGAUCUUAUCGUUCCCCAUAUUGAUAACUUGUUGACACGAGUGCUAUUGAAUAGCAAAAAGGAUCAACGCAUUGCCAAACUUUAAAAUAAAAUAAAGUACAAAUAACCUGGU